CCGCGGUCAAAGAUCCACUGCGCUGCUAGCCGCUCGUCUCCGUUGGCGUGCUGGGCACCUCCUCGGCGAAAGGAGUGCGAGGUCAGGUUGCUCGUGGCACCGGCGGGUUCAGCCACCCGCUUCAAAAAGCGGUUGACAUACGCUUGGACUCCGUCCUCACCGCGGCCGAGGCUGCUCCUCGCGGGACAUGAAGCUGUGAGCUGA